GGACCGUCACCAGCAAAUCCUACAUUUUCUACGAGUUCCACUUUGCCAACGACACCCUGGAGCUGUCGGUGCUGCACCGGAACUACUCGGACCCCGCCGGGUUGAUUUUCGGGCACCUGCGGGUGCUGGGGCUGCCGCGGGAGCCGCUGGCGGUGACGGUGACCCAGGGCGGGGUCGAGGUGAACUCGAACCACACCAUCAGCUACGACCCCCAGAAAAAGGUUGCGGAGGUGCAGGGGCUGCGGCUGCCGCUGGGCGAGUCCUUCGCCCUUCGCUGGUCGAUGACGACGAGCGAGAAGGAACGUUUUGAUUGUCACCCCAACCCCGGCGCCUCCCGCGAGAGCUGCGAGAGCCUCGGCUGCGUCUGGAACGAAACCACUUCCUCUCCCGGCGUCCCCUUCUGCCACUACGCCGGCCCCGGCAGCGGGUACCGCGCCGCCGACAUCCGCUACGGCCCCGAUGGCGUCGCCGCUGACGUCACCUGCGAGGGGUGUGGCCCCGGGGCCGCCGCCGGCGUCGCCGAGCCCGUGGGGAGCCUGAGGGUGGAGGCGACGUUCCACAGCGACCACCUGCUCAGGUUUAAGAUCUUCGACACCUCCCGGCGCCGUUACGAGGUGCCGGUGCCGCUGUCGCUGCCGGAGUCGCCGGAAGCGUCGAUGGAAGGCCGGCUCUACGACGUCACCAUCCAGGACGAGCCCUUCGGCGUCCAAGUGCGGCGUCGCAGCAGCGGCACCGUCAUGUGAGUCCCCUCCCCCCCCCCUUUUUCAUCCCAAAAAUCCCUAAAAUUUCGUUUCAGAUUCGGUUGGAAUUUUCAUUUUUUUUUCCGGAUGAUUCUCCCUCCUCAUCCCGCCGGAAUUCCCGAAAUUUUUCUUCCCCCUUUCCCGCAGUACAAACUCAACUCCUACGGCUUCCACCCCUUCUACCUCUGCCUGGAAGACGACGCCAACGCCCACGGGGUCCUCCUGCUCAACAGCAACGCCAUGGACGUCACUUUUCAACCCACCCCCGCCCUCACCUACCGCACCACGGGGGGGAUCCUGGAUUUUUACCUGGUGCUGGGGCCGACGCCGGAGGAGGUGGUGAAGGAGUACACGCAGCUGGUGGGAAGGCCCGUCAUGCCCCCCUACUGGGGUUUGGGCUUCCAACUCUGCCGUUACGGCUACGAGAACGACGCCGAAAUCGCCCAACUGGUGCAGGACAUGACCCGGGCCCAGAUCCCGCUGGACGUCCAAUAUUCCGACAUCGACUACAUGGUGCGUCAAUUGGAUUUCACCCUCAGCCCCAAAUUCCAGGGAUUGCCGGCGCUCAUCGAUCGAAUCCAUCAGGACGGGAUGAGGUUCAUCAUCAUCCUGGACCCGGCCAUCUCCGCCAACGAGACUGAUUAUUUACCCUUCGAGAGGGGGAAGGAGCAGGACGUGUUCAUCAAAUAUCCCGACAGCGACGACAUCAUUUACGCCAAGGUCUGGCCGGAUUUGCCCGACGUGGAGGUCGAUGAAUCUCUGGAUUGGGACACCCAAGUGCAGCUUUUCCGGGCGUUCGCGGCGAUGCCGGAUUUCUUCCGGAACUCCACGCGGGAGUGGUGGGCGCGGGAAAUCGCCGAGGUUUACAACAACCCCCGCAACGCCUCCCAGAGCAUCCGCUUCGACGGCCUCUGGAUCGACAUGAACGAACCCUCCAGUUUCGUCCACGGCUCCGUCGAUUCCUGCCGGGAUCAGCAGCUCAACUUCCCGCCCUACGUACCCCAGCUGGGCUCCCGCUCGGAGGGGCUGAGCUACAAAACCAUCUGCAUGGAGGGGCAGCAGGAGCUGCCGGACGGGACCCGCCUGCGCCACUUCGACGUGCACAACCUGUACGGCUGGGCCCAGGCCCUGCCCACCCUCCAGGCGGUGCGGUCGUUGACGGGCGAGCGCGGAUUGGUCAUCACUCGCUCCACCUACCCCAGCAGCGGCCGGUGGGCGGGGCAUUGGCUGGGGGACAACACGGCCGCCUGGGACCAGCUCCACAAAUCCAUCAUCGGAAUGUUGGAAUUCAGCCUCUUCGGCAUCUCCUACACCGGCGCCGACAUUUGCGGAUUUUUCCAAGAUUCCACCUACGAGCUCUGCGCCCGCUGGAUGGAACUGGGAGCCUUCUACCCCUACUCCCGCAACCACAACGGCAAAGGAUCCAGG